AUGUCCAAAACUUUAAUCUCUCUCUUCCUCGUUAUUGCUUUUGCUUUGGUUGUUGCAUGCGUGGAUGUUACUCCUGAAGAAUUGAAAGCAAUAUUAACCAACGUCCCAAAGGCCAAGGUCACUAACUAUGCUCAAUACAUGAAUGAUGCCAUGGAUGAAGGUGAUAUUGAUACCUGUUGUGAAAUUGCUGCUUUCAUUGCUCAAGUAGGUCAUGAAAGUGGUGAUUUGAAUUGGUUUGUUGAAUUUGCCUCUGGUUCUGCUUAUGAAGGUAGAAAGGAUUUGGGUAAUACUGUCAAGGGUGAUGGUGUUAGAUAUAAGGGUAGAGGUCCAAUUCAAAUUACUGGUCGUGCUAAUUAUCGUGCUGCUGGUAAGGCUUUGGGUGUUGAUUUGGAAAAUAAUCCACUCCUUGCUCAAGAACCAGUCAUUGGUUUCAAGACUGCUGUUUGGUUCUGGAAUACUAGAAGUUUGAACAAGUAUGCUGACUGUUCUCAAGCUAACUUUGAUAUCAUUACCAAGAGAAUCAAUGGUGGUUUCAAUGGUAAGGCUGACAGAGAUGCCAAGUUUGCUAAGGCCAAGAAGGUUUUGAAGUGUUAA